AUGACGGUAGCGCACGAUUUGACCCGCAGGGGGUCCACUCAGGUCAUCAAUGGGAUGGCACUCGAGGACAGGUUCGAGGUGUUGAAGGAGAUUGGCGAUGGCAGCUUUGGGAGCGUAGUCCUCGCCCGGGUACGGAGUGCUGGUGCAAGUGUCGCUCGCCGCGGCACAGUGAUUGCCAUUAAGACGAUGAAGAAGACCUUUGACUCGUUUACAGCAUGCAUGGAAUUGAGGGAGGUGGUCUUCCUUAGGACGCUGCCCGUCCACCCUCACCUAGUUCCGGCGCUCGACAUUUUUCUUGAUCCCUUCAGCAAGAAGCUUCAUAUUUGCAUGGAGUACAUGGAGGGGAAUCUUUACCAGCUAAUGAAGGCGAGGGAUCACAAGUGCCUCGACAACGGCAGCGUUAAGAGCAUCCUGUUCCAGAUCAUGCAAGGUCUUGAGCAUAUCCACGCCCACAGCUUCUUCCACCGAGACAUCAAGCCCGAGAACAUCCUCGUCUCUACCUCGGCCCAUUCCGACUACACCAACUCAUUCAGGCGAUACUCCGCUUUGGUAACGCCCCCUUCCACGCCGCCGACUUACACCGUUAAGAUCGCCGACUUCGGGUUGGCGCGCGAGACGCAUUCGAAGCUACCUUACACGACCUAUGUCUCGACAAGGUGGUACCGCGCACCAGAGGUGCUUCUGAGGGCCGGCGAGUACUCGGCGCCCGUCGAUAUUUGGGCUGUCGGUGCCAUGGCUGUGGAGGUGGCGACCCUGAAGCCUCUCUUCCCCGGCGGAAACGAGGUCGACCAGGUGUGGAGGGUGUGCGAGAUCAUGGGAAGCCCUGCGGUCUGGACUAACAAGGCUGGUCUUCCCGUCGGUGGUGGCGAGUGGAGAGAGGGGACCCGCCUCGCCGGGAAGCUCGGCUUCUCGUUUCCCAAGAUGGCGCCGCAUUCGAUGGACACGUUCCUGCCGACUCCGCAAUGGCCUGCUUCGCUUGCUCGCUUUGUCACCUGGUGUCUGAUGUGGGACCCGAAGAACCGCCCGACGUCGUCGCAAGCGAUUGCCCACGAGUAUUUCGCCGACGCUGUUGAUCCGCUCCGGCCCAGGUCGUCGGCAUCCAAGAUCCUUGGACGCAAGCAAUCCGAUGUCAGCCGGGGAAAGGACUCCGUCACUUCAACACCGACCUCGACUAAGCCAUCGUGGUUCAGGAAAUCCCUGAUUGGGCGGACAGAGAGCGUGGAGGCCAUGUCUGUGGUUCCGCAGCCCGUGGUCAAGGAAACCGUCGCUGCCCGUCCUUCGCCCGUCAUCCCGUCAGAGCCACCUGCGCCCAAGCCAAGGGCGCCGCCGCAGAAGAGGACGACUUGGGCAAAUGGCCCGUCCAAUGUUGCGCCAAUUCACAUUCUCCCGACGAUUCGCCCCAUUUCCCCUCUGUCCGACGCCGUUACUGCCCAAGCAAACAACCGCGCACAUUACGAAAACGGGAGCAGAGUUGCGCCAGUCGACGAGAAGGGGUCCAAGAAGAUUGGCCGUCAGCUGUCAGUGCAAUCAAGCACGAACCACUACGCCGAGAUCCACAGGCAACAAGCCGAGAGGGCGCUCAAUGGAAACUCGGGCAUGGUCUCGCCGACGAGCGGCUAUAAGGAGAGCUUCUUUUCCCACCUGCGGAAGCGUGCGAGGAGGUUCUCUGGGAGGCAUCAGACGCCCAUCUCGCCAGCUUACGAUGACCUCGAAGCCCAGGCUGGUUGCGGGCCGUGGGGGAGUAACAGGUCGUCUAUGGUGAUGGACAGCCCGCCUCCUGCGCCUGUCCCAAAAGACACUUACGAUUCUUUGGACAAGAAGAUGCAGGUUUCCGACGUGCCUCCCGCACCACCAGCGCAUCAAGUAACUUCGAGCGGCCAUCUCAAGCGUCACCACUCGUUGCCCCACCACCAGCCUAGGUCUGUCGAUAACUUGAUGACCACCACUCGGGUAACGGGUCCGGUAUCGAGCCGCACACGGAGGUCGCACGCUGUCCACGACGUCAACCAGUACGAUGCCCCGGAUGAGGAGGACGAGCUUCUCGACGAGGUUCUGACCUCAACCCACCGGGCCAUGAAGCGCCUGGAGAAGAAUGACUCGGCACAGCAUGCUGUCGCCGUUAUGGGCAUGGUUGACCCCUAUCCGACACCCUCGCCAUCCGCGAGCGGCAAUGUGAUGCUCUUUGGCGAUGGCAAGGAGGCCAUUACCCCCAAGCCUCUGAACUUCCACAAGCCGACGGCCGAGCAGAAGUGGCCCACUCCUCCAUACGACGAAGGUGACUGGGCGGCUUCGGCUUCGGCGAGCAUUUGGGCAGCGGGUAGCCGUUUCUAA